AUGAAAGCCGUCUCCCACUCAAAAACCCCCAUCGCUUCGCCGAUUGCCUCUACUAAAGUCCCCGCUCGGCCUGAGCUUACGCCUGCGGAACAAGUCAAGUAUGACGAACUCCUCAAGCAGGUGAGGACUUGGACCGAAAUCAAGGUCGAAUCCGCCAAGGCUUCCGAGAAGAGCGGACCCAUCACAGAUGAUGAGCGCCUAUGGCUGACCCGCGAGUGCCUGAUUCGGUACCUCCGCGCGACCAAGUGGCACGAGAAGGAGUCCGAAAAGAGGCUUCACGAUACCCUAGCGUGGAGGCGUGAGUUCGGCGCUGAUGAGUUGACGGCGGAGUACAUCUCCCCUGAGAACGAGACGGGAAAGCAGAUGCUCCUCGGUUACGAUACCGAAGGGAGGCCGUGCCACUACCUCAGCCCAGGGAGGCAGAAUACCGAGCCAUCACAUCGCCAAGUAGAGCAUCUCGUAUACAUGGUGGAUAGGGUCAUCGACAUUAUGCCCCCGGGUCAGGAGACGCUUUCUCUGAUGAUCAACUUCAAGCAGAGCAAAUCGCGGAAGUACACCGCACCAGGUCUCGGCCUGGCCAGGGAGUGCCUAAACAUUCUACAAAUGCAUUACCCAGAGAGGCUAGGCCGUGCUCUAAUCGUCAAUGUUCCGUUCAUGGUUUGGGGCUUCUUCAAGCUUAUCACCCCUUUCAUCGACCCCCGAACGCGUGAAAAGCUCAAGUUCAACGAGGACAUGACUCAGUACGUGCCUUCGGAGCAGCUCUGGUCCGAGUACCAAGACCAGGGCAAGCUCGACUUUGAUUACGACCAUGCCGAGUACUGGCCGGCCCUUUCGAAGAUGUGUGAGGAGAAGCGCAAGGAGCGCAAGGAGCGCUGGGUCGCCGGCGGCAAGCAGAUCGGGGAAUCAGAAGAUUACCUUUGGGGAGGAGCCGAGCCUAGCAUCGGAGCUGACGCCCUUGCUCCAGAGGACAAGAAGACGGAGACAACACCCGAGGACUUGAAGGUCGCGGAGCUCAAAAUCGAAGAGGCCGAGGUUGUAAAAGAAAAUACGGAAGCAACUGCGUCUACAGAGGCUAAAACUUCCGCUUAA